AUGCGGUUAUCAACAUCGUCAGCGGCCUCUCUCGGCCUGCUAUGGCUCAUAUUUGCUGUGUCAAUCGUCUCCGCUGUAGGAACAACUGGGGAGGAGUACUUUGCGGGAGAACACGUUCAUUUGAUUGCAAGGCAGCAACUACCUGAUCUUAGCAACAUAUCGACAUGCGGCUUGAACUGCCUUGUCCAGGGUAUCGCAGGGGUCGGAUGCGACCUCACGAACACGACGUGCUCGUGUGCGAGCACUGGCCUGGGUCAGCUCGUCGGCCCAUGCUUGAUUGCGAACUGCACCAUGCAAGACUCUUUAGAUGUCGCGAAGCUACAACAGACGCAGUGCAACCUACCUCACGAGUCUGACACUGGGAAAGUCCUCGCCAUUCUCAUCACUGUCUAUGUCACGGCUGUCAUUGCGAUUGUCUUGCGACUUAUUGCGAAGAAUAUUGCAAAGACUUGGAGUCUAGAUGACGCGUUGAUCAUCGCGGCCAUUGUCAUUGCGAUUGCCCCCGUGUCUGCAAUCUUUUUGAUGUCAACUUUAGGGUUUGGCAAGCAUCUCUACGAUCUCAAGUCGGGUGGUUUGCUUCAGAUCCUGCGUCUUUUAUACGCCGCCGAGAUUGUCUACGUCUUCGUACUCUUAUUCGCGAAAUUAUCACUCGUCGUCUUCUACUUGCGAAUUUUCACGGUACCGAAGUUCCGCAUCGCUGCCUACACCUUGAUCGGAUUUCUCGUCGUUGGCCAGGUAGUCAUCGGCUUUCUGACCAUCUUCUCCUGCCACCCGAUCGAACUAUUCUGGAACAAAGAUAUCCACACCGGUGCCUGCCUCGACGUCAACCAACUGGCCUACGCGAACUCUGCCUUGGCUAUCAUCCAGGACUUGCUCAUCCUCGCCCUUCCGAUAGCGAUGCUUCCAGGCUUGCAAAUGAACCGCAACAAGAAAAUCUCGGUCGCCAUGGUCUUCCUCCUGGGAUCCGUCGGCUUCAUUUCAACCAUUAUUCGUCUUCAGGUUCUGGCAGUGUUUGGGAACUCCAUCGACCCGACGUGGGACUACGCGCCCGUUGUGUGGUGGACGACUAUCGAACUAGGCGUCGUUGUCGUGUGUGCUUGCGCGCCCAUGAUUCGUAAUCUGGUCGAGAAGAAAUUCCCUGGCUUCGCGCUGUUUGCCAGAUGGACCACCCCGAAGCCAUCAAAAGGCAGCAGCCCCUCCUCAGACGGCAGCGUGGACAAGCCAACAAAGGCUGCUGGGAGAUAUCAAAGGUUUGGGCGGAGUAACAGCCCACCUCAAUUUAGCGAUAACUACGUCCGCGACUACAUCACGAGCCCCAAGGGCCCUCCUGUCCCGCCCAAAGAUGACCAGACGCCGUCGCGUAAAUACCGAGACAUGUACGCCUAUGGUGGAUCUAAGCCCAAGGUGCUCGAGCCCUCUUCGCCGCCGCCUCAGCCGUACGACCUCUCAUGGAGGUCGAUGAACCCUUAUGGGAUCCCCAAAGAUGAUCUUGAAUCAGGCAUUGGAAAGACGAAUUAUAACCUCGAUAUUGAGAUGCUGGAAAGGAAAGGCAGGGACGUGGUAGUGGAACAGAAGGAGCUUUGCUCUCUCUGCGGAAGGGAAAGCUGUAGUCACAUGUAA